AGGUCCUGUUUUCCUGAGCUCUCAGCUCUGAUAAAGCCUCACGGAAGAGUGAAUGGGAGAGAGUAACAAUGUGACAGAAUUUGUCCUCCUGGGCCUCACUCAGGAUCCUGAUGGGCAAAAAGCAUUAUUUGUCAUGUUUUUACUCACAUACGUUGUGACGAUGGUGGGCAACCUGCUCAUCGUGGUGACUGUUAUCAGCAGCCCCUCCUUGGGCUCCCCAAUGUACUUCUUCCUGGCCUCCCUGUCACUCAUGGAUGCUGCCUAUUCCACUGCCAUUUCACCCAAAUUGCUUGCAGACCUACUCUGUAAUAAAAAGACGAUUUCCUUCCCAGCAUGCAUGGGCCAGCUCUUUAUAGAACACUUGUUUGGUGGAGCUGAGGUCUUCCUUCUGGUGGUGAUGGCCUAUGAUCGCUACGUGGCCAUCUGUAAACCUCUGCACUACUUGACCAUCAUGAAUCGACGGGUUUACAUCCUUCUGUUGGUGGUGGCCUGGGUUGGAGGUUUUGUGCACUCUGUGGUCCAAAUUGUCUUUGUGUACAGUCUCCCCUUCUGUGGCCCCAAUGUCAUCGACCAUUUCAUCUGUGACAUGUACCCGUUAUUGGAACUUGUGUGCACUAACACCUACUUUAUAGGUCUCACUGUGGUUGCCAAUGGUGGAGCCAUCUGCAUGGUCAUCUUUGUCCUUCUACUCAUCUCCUAUGGAGUCAUUCUAAGCUCCCUUAAAAGUUACAGUCGGGAAGGGAGACGUAAAGCCCUGUCUACCUGUAGCUCUCACAUCACCGUGGUUGUUCUCUUUUUUGUUCCCUGUAUUUUCAUGUAUGUUAGACCUGUCUCCAACUUUCCCGUUGAUAAAUCCAUGACUGUGUUUUAUACAGUUGUCACUCCUAUGUUGAAUCCCUUAAUAUAUACCUUGAGAAAUUCAGAGAUGAAAAAUGCUAUGGAAAAACUCUGGUAUGAAAAGUUAACUAUGGAUGGAAUAAGAAUGCCUUCCACACCGAACAUGUUUAUUACCAGUUCUAAGCAACAAACAGACAGUAAAUUCUAA